UAUCACACUAUAAAGGGUAAAUGAAUCCUAUUUCAAUGUCGUACUAAAACAGGCACUGGUUCUAUCGAGAGCGUCUCAGACGCUUCAGCUCUUUAAGCUAUUUAAAGCCGUGUUAUUUAUAGCUCUGGACUGUUUAUUAAUAUCCUACAGAGAUUUCUCACAGCGACUGAACACGUUCCCGUUUCACCCGGAAUGGUCUUGUUUAGGUUUGGGGUUGUGUUGACCCCUGAACGCUCGGAUAUCGAGGUGUUUGUAUCGGGAUCCCGUCCGGAGCUCGGGCACUGGGACGCCGGGAAUGCGGUACCGAUGAAGCCGACGCGGACGCUGGCGUCCGGCUGCGACCCCUGCCUGUGGCUCGGGGAAGUGCAGCUCACCGAGCCGUACACACACAAAUUCUGGUUCAAGUUCCUUAAGCGGCUUGACGGGAACUAUAUUUGGGAAGGUAACGGCCCACAUCACGAUCGGGAGUGUGUGUAUGACCAAAGUGACAUGGUGGACGGGGUGUACUGUCACCCGAUCGGUCACUGGAUCGAGGCGAGCGGCCACACGGACGAGAUGAGGCACACGACAAACUUCUACUUCAGCGUCGCUGGACAACAGGCCAUGCACUUUUCCAAGAUCCUGCCACGGAUUUGGCUGGGCAGUUGCCCUCGGCGAGUUGAGCACGUCACCCUGAAGCUGAAGCACGAGCUGGGCGUCACGGCCGUGAUGAACUUCCAGACCGAGUGGGACGUCGUAAGCAACUCGCACGGCUGCCGGCGUGACCCCGACGACCAUAUGACCCCGGAGACCAUGAUGUACCUGUACAGAGACUGUGGUCUGGCUUACGUCUGGAUCCCAACUCCAGACAUGAGCACAGAGGGACGUGUGCGAAUGCUGCCCCAGGCUGUGUACCUGCUCUACGGGCUGUUAGAAAACGGUCACAGCGUGUACGUGCACUGUAACGCGGGCGUCGGUCGCUCUACAGCCGCCGUCUGUGGCCUGCUGAUGUACGUGCUCGGCUGGAGCCUCAGGAAGGUGCAGUACUACAUUACAGCCAGGAGGGCGGCGGUAUACAUCGACGAGGAAGCAUUGGUACGAGCACAAGAGGACUUCCUGCUGAAGUUUGGACGUUUACGUCCCUCGGUAUGCUGUUCCGAGAUGCAGACAGGAGGACAAUGUUAGACCUAAAUACAGGAAUGGAUACUUAUGCUAAGAAAACAAUUGUUACGUAUGAAGGAUGAGUACCAGCAUUUUAAGACAGGUCUAUAUAAAAUAUUUUUUAAUUGUAUUUGCCUUUGUUUUAUUUUAUUAUUUUUUUGACACCCGUUUAAUUCCCAAUUUGUAGCAUCAUCUUUUUGUUGUUUAAAUCAUUUAAGAGAAAGGUUUCAGCUGCUUCACUGAUCUAUAUCUCCUGUUUUGGAUACGAAUCGCCUUUCUUUUUUAUUACAAAAUAUUUCAUGGACAGAUUCCUCACAUUUUCAUCUUAUCAUCCUCCCUCUAUCAUCUUCCUGACAAAAUGGUCAUUUUGCAGACGGGCACCUUCGAGACGUUGGCAGCUCGGCCGCUCGCUCACGUGGCGGUUAUCGUUAUUCCGUGGACCGCGUUUCCAAAUUUAAUAUCCUGCGAAUUCAUUUUGCGAAUGCUCAGCAUGGUGGUUAUAUUUAGAUCACACCUUUCGCUCGCACCAUCGCCCAGGCCGCUUUCCAAGGCAGGUCAUGAAAACAGCGUGACCUUCGAGUAAAUAGAUGGAAAUUCUGCCACUGUGCAGAAAGGCUUAUGGAGAAAAAAAUAGUUGAGGAGAAGCUGGUAAAUGAUUUCGAAGGUAUCCGAGAGAGAGACUUUUAAAUUCAGAACACAUCUUGUUCUCGCUCGCGUUCUGUCUCAGCGAAGAAAAAGGCGCCGAGUCGUUCUCUUCUUUCCAUUGUCCAUCUUCUAAAGUUUCACAGCACCGUUCUUAACACCCCUCGUUUGUUUCAUCCGUUUACUUUGUCCCUCCAUGUCCGUUAGAGCUCAGCGUGUCUUUGUUUUAUAGCACAGUUUGCUACUUUUCCUGAAGAUAAGGUUUCUGCAGAGCUCUUGUACUGUACUUCAAACCCCUCAGCGUUCAAUAGGAUAGAAGAAGUGAACUCUUAAAACCGAUGCGUCAGGCCUUGAGGAGGAUGUGUGGGUGUGUGGAUAGAUGUGUGUAAGAUGGAGCGAGGAAGUGAAUGAGAAACGAGAACAUGACCUCUCUCGACUCUACAAAUCCAGUAAGUGUGGCCAUUUAAAGAAUGUCAAUUUUAUCCACAGACCGUGUGAGAACGUGUCUCAUCCUCGCUCCCCUCUAUAAUAAUAGAAGGGUAGACUUGUGCAAUAUUCUUUCCAUCUUUUAAAAAGGAUUUGUAGAAUGUUUAAAAAAAUGUUUUUAUAAUUUUUUUUUAUAAUCAAACCCUGAUCGAUACUUUUCCCGAUAGCGCCUUGGUCUUCAUGAUGCUGUCAGUUUAGACAUGUCGACUAAUAUAAAACCAUUUAUAUUCAGCUCACAUGACACGUCCUUUGCACACAAGUUCACAGGGGGUUCACAGUAAAGGGGGUGAAUGCUUAUGCACUUACGGUUUUCAUUUUAAAACAGGUUUGCAAACUCUAUUGAUUUUUUUCACCCCUGUUUUAAUAUCACGGGCUAUUUUGUGUAGGUUUGUGAAUAAUAUGAUAUAGUGAAUAAUAAUUAGUGAAUAAUAUAAUCUUAAUUAAAUCCAUUGCAGUUCCAAGUUGAACACUACAACAUGUGGAAAAGUUCUGGGGAGGUAAAUAGUUAUGGAAGGCCGUGUAUCUCCAUGGAAGUCAGAUCUAAAACUAUAAGCAAUGUUGCUAUGAAAGAAUUAUUACAAUAAUUAUGAAGAAUUAUUACAAAGCAUUUGGC